UCUUUCAGUUCUGGGAGAUAAUCUCCGAUGAGCACGGCAUCGACCCGAAUGGCAUGUACGUUGGUGAAAAUGAUUUGCAAUUGGAACGCAUCGAUGUGUACUACAAUGAGGCCAGCAGUGGUAAGUAUGUACCACGCGCUGUACUCAUCGAUUUGGAGCCAGGCACAAUGGAUGCUAUACGCCAAUCGCCAAUGGGUAUGCUAUUCAAGCCAGACAGUUUCGUAUUUGGACAAUCCGGAGCGGGUAAUAACUGGGCCAAGGGUCAUUACACAGAAGGCGCCGAACUCAUCGAAUCUGUGCUAGACGUACUGCGCAGGGAGGCCGAGGGCUGUGAUUGCCUGCAAGGCUUUCAAUUAGCACACUCGUUAGGUGGCGGUACUGGCUCUGGCCUAGGCACACUACUCAUAUCCAAAAUACGUGAGGAGUAUCCUGAUAGGAUUAUGAAUACGUUUUCGGUGGUACCAUCGCCUAAGGUUUCCGAUACCGUUGUAGAACCGUACAAUGCCACAUUGUCCAUACAUCAACUUGUCGAGAAUACCGAUGGGACAUUCUGCAUCGACAACGAGGCUCUGUACGACAUCUGCUUCCGCACGUUGAAGCUGACAUCGCCCACCUAUGGCGAUUUGAAUCAUCUUGUAUCCGUCACAAUGUCUGGUAUCACAACUUGCCUGCGCUUCCCCGGUCAAUUAAAUGCUGAUCUACGUAAAUUGGCCGUGAAUAUGGUGCCAUUCCCCCGUUUACACUUCUUUAUGCCGGGCUUUGCGCCACUCACAGCCAAAGGAUCGCAACAAUAUCGUGCACUAACUGUCUCCGAACUCACGCAACAAAUAUUCGAUGCCAAGAAUAUGAUGACAGCAUGUGAUCCACGUCAUGGUCGUUAUCUGACAGUGGCGUGCAUCUUUAGAGGUAAGUCAAGAAAAACAUGAUUUUUUUCCUGUUUU